AUGCCUUCUGGAAGUGAUGAAGUGAAUCACUUAUCAGCUCUUGAUCAGUUUGUGGCGCCUGGAUUACGGUUAUGGAUGCUAAUUGCUUUGGUUGGAGGAGUUUUGCUGAUUAUGAUUGUUAUCGUAUGCUGUUUCAUGAGAAUCAGAAUUCCUCGUACCAAACGGCAGAUCGACUUGAUCGCAGCGAAAAGAAAAUUAAGGAAAAGCAACAAAACGUCAACUGACGGGAAUGCACAUAAUGAUGAACGUGCUCAAGCCAUAGUAAUGAAUAGUAUGCCAUCGGGAGGCGGGGGUGGAGCGAGCACGAGCAGCUCUCGUCACACUGGAUCACGACUUCAAUCACAAGUUUGA